CGGGGGAUCGGGCCCUCCGGCUUGCGCAGCGAGGCGGCGGGGGGCUCGGCCCCUUCCCCGUCGGGGGCGGCGGCCAGAGCAGCUGGCGGGGGGGGGGGCGCCGGGAAAAGGAUCCGCCGUCGCCGCCCGAAGCCAACAUGGCUGAGAUCAGCAUCGACCAGUCCAAGCUGCCGGGAGUCAAGGAAGUGUGCCGAGAUUUUGCUGUCCUCGAGGAUCACACUCUGGCCCACAGCCUGCAAGAACAGGAAAUUGAGCAUCAUUUGGCGACCAAUGUGCAGCGCAACCGGCUGGUGCAGUAUGACUUGCAGAUGGCCAAGCAGCUGCAGGAAGAGGAGGACCGCAAGGCAAGGGCCCGGAUCCAGGAGCGGCACAAAGACCUGGAGAGGCAGGACUGCGAGAUAGCUCAGGAAAUUCAAGUCAAGCUGGUCAUUGAGGCAGAACAGCGGCGACGCCAAGAAGAGGACGAUGAGGACAUUGCUCGGAUCCUGCAGCAGAAGGAGCUCCAGGAGGAGAAGCGUCGGAAGAAGCCCCACCCAGAGCCCUUGCAGAAGAGCACUUACGAUGAGGGAUACUACCCGGAAAGCAGAGAGCGCUCGUGCGGGAGCCCCCGGGAGCAGGCUAGACCUCGCCGAGCCCGGAGCGGCGAGAGGGAGCCCCAGAGGCCGAGGGAACCCCGACGGGGACCCCCUCUAUUGUCCGAGGGGCUGGACUUGCAAGUUCUGGGCAGCUCCUCGGAAGUGAGGCAGGCCGGAGGCGGCCGGAGGGAGAGGCAGGACAGGAACCGGGGCGGCCGGGAGAGGCCUCGGAGGCCUCCUUCGGACACAGAGGAGGAAAGCCGCCGGGACGGAGACCGCCGGGACAGGAAGCCGUCCAGUCAGGAAAGACAUUGGCGGCCCUCUUCGCUUGCAAUGGACGGGGAGGCCGAGCCCCACGCAGGUAGCAGCAUGGGGCGGAAAGAAAGGAGGCCAGGGAGCCGAGAGGGUCGCCACAGGACGCCCCCUUUUCCGCUGGACUGGGAAGACGAGAGGGUGCGUCUAGAGAGCAGUGGCCGGCCCCGUAAGCCCCGGGAGAGGCGGUCCCCGAGCUCAGAGAGGUCCCCGCGGCCGACACACCUGAGUACCGACUGGGAGGAAAGGCACCGGCUGGGCCGCAGCUGUUCCCCAGACCCGGAUCGCCAGAGGCGACCACCCCGCCAGGACCGGGAGUCGCCCAGGCCCCCCUCCCGCGACCCCAGGCUGCAGGACCUGGAAGCACCACCACCCCGGAGAGGCGGCAGGAGGGAGGGAGAAAGGGAACGUUGCAACGGGGCAAGCACCUCGCCCUCCUCGCACUGCGGGGACGACUUGGGAGCCGACGCCCAGCGCCAUAAGGAUCCAGGAACGAAAACGCGGGGGCCGAAGGAUGCCAGUUACCACAAAGGCCGCCCGGCAGCCCCCCAGGACCAGGAGCUCUACGAUGCAGAGAUCGCCCGGAAGCUGCAGGAGGAAGAGCUGUUGGCCAGCCACGUGGACAAGAGAGCAGCGCAGGUCGCCCAGGACGAGGAAAUCGCUCGCCUGUUGCUGGCGGAGGAGAAGAAAGCUUACAAGAAAGCGAAGGAACGGGGAAAGUCUUCUCUGGAGAAGAAGAGGCAGGAACCAGACUGGAAGCACGACUCACAUGAAUCGGUGCGCCCGAGGUCAAGGGAAGGUCACGAAGGUCACCGGUCCAGAAGCGACAAGCCAACGAGGCCUCCCCCUCCGCCCUCCGAGGAUCUGGACCACCUUUGCAACCUUACAAGCCAGCAGAACUUGGCACAUCAAACACCCAGACCAGAGCCUUCUCAUAAAGGUUACCACUAUAAGCAGUAGGACGAACGAGGCAAUUUUUUUUUGCUGAUACUGACUCUCUUCUGUAGCAAACUUUGCUGGAAUCCUUCCUGGAGAUCUCCUGGGUUCCUUCCAGCCUCCAAGGAUCUCCUGGGGGAUGGUCUCCUUCCUGAGCAUCGCGACGUCCACAAACAGUGCCUCUUCUUCAGUCCGUUGAGUUUCUCUGUUGGUGAUCUCCCUCCGGUCUCCUGGGCAGGGCAGUUAAAUCUGGCUUUUGUGGGGCAGCUUUUUCACAGCCCACCUCUCCCGUCGCGCAUUUCGGUUUGGGGAUCUCGUCGUGCCGCCUUCCAGCCGCCACUGCCCAGCGAGGAUCUCGUGGGGCUGGGAAGGGGGCAGCCGAAACAAGCCCAGGGUCGCAGGGUUGAGAGGGAUCCCCAAAGGUCAUCCAGCCCAACCCGCUGCAAUGCAGGAACCACAGCUUUAAAAAAUCCCUGACCGAGGGCUGUCCAACCUCUGCUUAGAAACCUCCCGUGAAGGAAAGCCCAAUGCCUUCAUGAUAAAGGGAACGGGAGAGACUCCCCAGCGAGGAAAAGCGAUGGUGUUUGGGACUGUUUCUUUUAAUGGGGGAAAAGUGUGAUGGAGAUUUCCCCUCCUUUGCGGAGACCGUGGGGACAAAGAGGUUUCCCCCUCCUCUCUCGUAAUUCUAGAACCCAAAUGCCUCUGACUGAAAUUUGGGAGAUUUCAGGGCAGACAAAGAGGAAGCGAUUACAGUGGUACCUUGGUUCUUGGACUCCAUCCGUUCCGGAAGUCCAUUCAACUUCCCAAACCAAGGCAUGGCUUCUGAUUGGCUCUGGAAACAAUGCCGACAGCUGAAACGGACAUUCGGCUUCCAAAAAAAAUGUUCGCUAACUGGAACACGUACUUCUGGGUUUGCAGGGUUCGGGAGCCGAUUUGUCCGUCAGCUAAGCCGUUCAGGAACCAAGGUAGCGCUUUAUUCAUGCAGCACAUAUUUAAAACAGAGCCUCGGCUCUCCCAGUAUCUAGCAGCGGCCACGAACUUAGAUGGCUUUCAGAGAGGGGUCGACAUAACGGAGGAGGUGCUCUGAGCACCGUAUUUUUCGCUCCAUAAGACACACUUUUUUCCUCCUAAAAGCUAAGGGGAAAUGUAAGUGCAUCUUACGGAGCAAAUGGCGCUGCGCAGAGAGGGAGAGCUGCGCAACGCCCGCUCAGUGAAGCGCCCGUUCUG